CUUUUAUAUUCAAUCCACAUUGACUUCUUUGGUAUAAACUUAUGAAUAUUUAAUUUGAAUUAUGUAAUGAUAUAUUAUAGGCCUUUCACUUUUUCCAUUUUGUUUAAAAGCAGCCCUGUUCUUAAAGCUUUAUCAAGAAGUAAAAGAAUGUGUGCAAAACUGUCUGAAGAUGAAAGAAAAAAUUUGAUAGGCCCGCUUUUUAAAACAGGAUGGAAAAUGGUAGAAAAUCGUGAUGCAAUAAUGAAAGAUUUUAAUUUUAAAAAUUUUAAUGAGGCUUUCAGUUUCAUGUCUGGUGUAGCGUUGACUGCUGAAAAAAUGGAUCACCACCCAGAAUGGUUUAAUGUCUAUAACAAAGUUUCUAUAACUUUAUCCUCUCAUGAUGUAAAUGGGCUUAGUUCAAGAGAUGUGAAAUUGGCGACGUUUAUUGAUGAUUUGGCUUCUAAAUUUUUAUUAUCCAAAUAAUCAUGAAGUUGGGGUUGUUUAAGAUGUAUUUGGCAUUCUGUUUUUGUUUGAUUUUUUUUACAUUUUUAUAAUAAUUUGCUUUUUUGUAAAAAUAAAAUGAAAUUGUUUUUAUG